UAUUUGGUGAACAAGUUUCGCUUCAAGCACUGUUCAAUACUAUCGACUAUUUACAAUGACAGGACGCGGUAAAGGAGGAAAAGGUCUCGGCAAGGGUGGAGCGAAGCGGCAUCGUAAAGUACUUCGUGAUAACAUUCAAGGAAUUACAAAACCCGCCAUUCGUCGGUUAGCUCGUCGCGGCGGUGUGAAGCGUAUCUCCGGUCUUAUUUAUGAAGAAACCCGAGGCGUCCUCAAGGUCUUUUUAGAAAAUGUAAUUCGUGAUGCCGUCACUUACACUGAACACGCCAAGAGAAAGACAGUAACCGCCAUGGACGUUGUUUAUGCUCUGAAGCGCCAAGGUCGUACCCUAUACGGUUUUGGAGGUUAAGACCAGACAUUUGAGUAACUUAACGACACUCAGUACUCUAUACUUAUAGUAAUUGGUAAAAUUAGUGGAAAGUGUUCCUCCAUUAAUUCAAUAAGGUCUUAGUUUUAAUUUUUAAAACGGUCCUUUUCAGGGCCACAA